AUGAGCGCUCAACCUGCGGUGCGCACGUCUCUCAGAACCAGAGGGGCGCGGCCGGCCGCUUCCGGCCAGGGCCGGAAGUGUCCGCGAACGGCGCCGCGUACGCCGCGCACUACGACGCACUUCCGGUUUGAGGGACCUCUCAUCAUGGCUUCCGGCUGCGCGCGAUGGGGCCACGGGAACACGGCGCUGACCGUUAGCACUCGUGUAUUCUGGGAGUCGCGGUUCGGCCUCUCCCUCCGCCCCCUUCCCCCGCCCGCCUCCUCUCAGUCGGUUCCGGGCUCUUCGCGAAAGAGCGCCGCCAUUUCCGGGGAGUGGAGGCUGCGAAGAGAGCGCAUGCGCAAGGACUACAAGUCCCGACAGGCCUCGGGAGUAGCGGCCCAGUACGUUUUAGGAGAUGUAGUUUUUCAGGGGCGGAAGCCGCGGCACUCUGCCGGCGGGGUACUCAAUUUCCCAUAGGGUCGAGCGCGGCGCAAGAUGGAGGCGAUCGGGCCACAGUGAGCCGUCGCGGGAGCGUCCCCAGCGGUGCAGCGGACGGGAGUGCGAAUUUGGGAAACAGGAGUCGGCUUGGAACUGCGGGGCCGGCUCUGUCGCCCCUUCGCGCUCCUGGAGGUAGUCCUUCGUUCAGGAAUGGAGGGCUCGCCUUUGUUUGCCCCGGGACAGGGCCGUCAGAGCCCCUCCUGGCCUGUUCCUCGCUACGCUUGAACAGCUGAACAGAGCUGUGCCUGGAGACCUUCUAGGCGGAGGCCACACCCACGCCUUUGCCACCUCUGCCAGCGGCUCCGUUCACCAUCCCCUGCAGACAAGGAAGGUGUGGUGUGGCCCAGGACACAUGGCUGAGGCGGGGACUGGCGAGCCCUCCCCUGGCUUGGAGGUCGAGCAGGGCCCCGAGUAUGAUGAUGUCCUGCCUUCUGAUACCAUCUCCCUCAGCGACUCGGACUCUGACCUCAGCCUGCCUGGCAGUGCUGAGCUGGAAGCUCUGUCCCCAGAGGGGCUGCCAGGGGAGGCCCAGGGGGACUCAGGCCCCGACGAGCCCCCCUCGCCCCCCAGGGCCCUCCCUACAGCCGCAGUGCAGCCGUUCCACCUGAGAGGCAUGAGCUCCACCUUCUCGCAGCGCAGCCACAGUAUCUUUGACUGCCUGGAGGGGGCAGCCGGGCGGGCGCCACCCUCUGUGGUCCACACUGGCCUAGGGGACCGUGGGGGCUUCAAGCGGCCCCUGGCGCCCUCACGCCAACCUCCAGCAGAAGGCCCAGGCAGGGCCAGUCAGAGCCCUGUCCCCCGGAGGGCGCCCCCCGUCCCCGACUAUGUGACCCACCCUGAGCGCUGGACUAAGUACAGCCUGGAAGACGUGGCCGAGGCCAGUGAGCACAGCAAUCAGGCUGCCGCCCUGGCCUUCCUGGGCUCCCGGAGCCUGGCCGCCCCCGGCCACUAUGUGCCCUCCUUCAACCAGGACCCCUCCAGCUGUGGGGAGGGCAGAGUCGUCUUCACCAAACCGGCCCGCGCCGGCGAGGCCAGACCAGAGAGGAAGCGGGGUCUGAGAAAGGCAGGGGCGCCUGGUGGGGCUGAGGGGCCUGUGGAGCUGGCCCACCUGGCCAGGCCCGGGAGCCCAGAGGCCGAGGAGUGGAGCAGCCCGCGUGGGGGCGUGCAGGAGGUGGGCACGCCCGAGGGGGACACCCACACCGAGUCCGCAGCGGGCCCCCCAGGGGUGGACAUUGUUGGCUUCCACGGCAGCAGGAAGCGCAGUAGAGACCACUUUCGGAACAAGAGCAGCAGCUCUGAGGUCCCUGGUGCUGAGGGGGCUGAGGGCUGACCCGAGAGCCUGCCUUGGACUUGAGGAGCCCCAACCCCUUGGGAAGGAAGCCGGUGGGCUGCCUGUCGGUGGCGCCAGCGGCCCUGGCUGGGGCUCAGGCAGUGGACUCGAGCAGAGACCUUGCUUGCCACUGAUGGGCCCACUGGGUGCCCGUGGGGAACAGUAAAGCUUUUGGGUAUUCCUCAGGCUCUG